AUGGAUAAAAACACAAAGAUAAAUGAAAAUUUAAAAUUGAAUGACAAUCCAUUUGAAGAACAGAAAUACUUGAAGGUAGACAGUACUAUAGAAGAUAAAACAAAGAAAGUUAAAAAAUCAUCAAUUUCAUUGAAUUCUCUUAAAAAAACAUCAUCUAACAAAAAGAAAACUGUUAAAAAACAACUUCUUCCAUUUGAUAUCUUUGAGAACAUCACUAUCUUAUCUAAAUAUGAUUUGACAUUUAGUGAUAUUAAGUACUAUACGAGUCCUCUCUGUCAAAAUAUAAAAAAUGAUGAUUCUAUUAAAAAUGAAGGUUCUAUUAAAAAUGAUGAUUCUAUUAAAAAUGAAGGUUCUGAAAUUUAUAAAAUUCACUAUAAAGCUUUUUUGACUUCACUUAGAUCAGUUUUUCUAAACUAUAAAAAAUUUAAUGAAUUUUUUGUUAUAAAAAUUAGUGAUGGUAGUUUAAUAUACUUUUAUGAAAAUAAAAUACUGGCAACUAAUAAAGUAUCUAAGCUAUUAAAGUCUAAUGACAUAGCAUUUAUAAAAACAAAAGAUUACUUGGUUAUUAAUGAUAAUAUAAACAUAGUAAUGGAUAUGAUAAGUAAUGUUGAUUUUGAAACAAUUCCUUACAUACUUUCAUACACUGAAUUUGAAUAUUCAACUGUGAGGUAUACUAAGAUUGAAUUAUCUAAAGUUGUUAAAAGUUUGAAUGAAAAAGAAUUUUAUUAUGAAAUCAGUGGAAUAGUAUAUUUUGGAGAUUCAAAAUUUUACAGUAACAUUAAAGAAUUAAAAGAUGAAUGUAAAGUAACAAUUAAAACAGGUAUUAAAAUAAAUUACACCUAA